GAUGAGUGGUUCACAAGCACAAGACAGUGCGUGUUCCUUGGAGAAGCCAAGCAAAGAUGUGGUUGUCACGGAGACAAAACCAAAGAAGAGGAUAUGUUGUGCUUGUCCUGAUACUAAGAAGCUAAGAGAUGAGUGCAUUGUAAAACACGGCGAAUCCGCUUGCACGAAAUGGAUCGAAGCUCAUCUUUUGUGUCUUCGAUCCGAGGGUUUCAAAGUUUGAUAGAGUGUUUGAUUAAAAGAUUAGUUGUUUGUUUUUUUGAGAAUUUACACAACAGUCAUCAUCAUGUAAUAAACAGAGCAACCGAAAAAGGGUUACAUUGGCCCAAAAAAAACACCACACUCAAAUAUUGUGAUUUUUUUUUAUA